AUGCUACCUAAGAAGAUAGUUAUUGGCACAGUUGUGGGUGUGGUUUCAUCAGCGACGCAGAGCGUUGGCCUUACACUACAGAGGAAAUCGCACAUUCAAGAAGACCUCAUCACCUCAGCUGACUCUCGAAGACCACCGUACCAGAGGCCGUUAUGGAGGUUUGGUUUUAUACUGUUUCUCAUUGCAAACCUGCUAGGGUCCAGCAUACAGAUCACGACGCUGCCGUUGAUCAUACUGAGUCCUCUCCAGGCUGUGGGCCUCGUGUUCAACUCUGUUUGCUCUGCCACGAUACUGAACGAAGGGUUCACGCCCUACUCGAUAUCAGGCACGGUGUUUGUUGCUGUGGGUGCCUUGGUAAUAGCGUGGUUUGGCAGCAUGGAGGAGCCAAACCAUUCAUUGGAUGAACUGUUGCAACUGAUGGGUAGAGGCUCGUUUGUUUGCUGGAUAUUGCUCAGUUGCACUGCCAUUGUUCUAAUUCUGGCAUGGAUCAACGUUGUCAGGUUGAUAGAAAAGAAACAAUACGACGUUGAUCACCUACCACAGUCCGUCAUUGGAGUGUUAGUGCUGUCCUCAGAGAAGUUCAGAUUCAUUAAAGGUUGUCUUUAUGGCGUUGUAAGUGGAACACUCUCUGCACAUUCGUUGCUGCUGGCCAAGUCUGCAGUCGAACUCAUACUGAACGCCGUUGUGAGGUCGAACUAUACAAGCUUCCAAAAUGUGAAGUGUUGGAUCAUCAUUGCGUCCUUCUUCAUACUGGCAAUAACACAACUUGUAUUUCUUAACAAGGGGCUGAGGUUUGUUUCCACGUCAGUCCUCUAUCCUCUGGUCUUUUGCAUAUAUAACGUGACAAACAUCAUCAAUGGGCUGGUGUUCUACAACAGCUUCCAACUGCUAUCGAAGACAGAGAUUAUGAUGAUCGUGCUGGGCACAAUGAUGGUGUUAUUCGGUGUUUCACUACUCAGUUGGAGACUUGAAGACCAUUCUGAUGCGAAGGAGUCAAACUUCAUAAGUGAACACACCUCAUUGGUAUCACCAGUUCUGGCAGACAACGAGAGAGCAGGAUACGUCUCUUUUGGAUCACCCACGGGUGAACUGUGUCCGAAGAUUGACGAUGAGCCUACCAGUGAAGGCCCUGAAUCUCCAUCAUCUAUGUUCAAGUACGGCUCCGUUGCGGACCAUGCACAGGGUGUAAAGGGCAAGAGAAGAAGCAGGAGGGUGCUAUCGUACGAACAGUCAGAGCUGCUCCAUCAGUUGAACCACAUGGAUAUAUAA